AAUUUUAUAAACGAGCCGAAAAUUUUCCAUUAAAGUUAACAAAAUGCAGUAUUUUUUUCAAGUAAUCGUGCAUGUUAAAUGUUACUGAUAGGGUGCAGUCAGGUUAUCUAAAGGUUUACUCUCUCUCUCUCUCUCUCGUUGUUUAUAAUCCACGAUAUCGUGAAACAAUAAAUUUAAACGCUUCAUAUUGAAAUAUUAUCAAAAUAAAUGUAUCGCUUGUUUUUGCUCAAACAGAAUAUAUUACACAGAUUAUUACGCAACAAAACAUAUUUUUCUGUUACUAUUACUGCAAUAAAGUUCGUUAAUUAAAGUUGUAUCUCGUUCUUAUAUGUCUUUUAUUAUUUAAGUUUAGAUUAUUAUCAGUGAACCUAUGAGAAUAUAGUUUUACAUAACAAAAAUACAUUCGAUAUAAAUUUUAAAAAGUAAUGAUAAUAAUGAUAUAUGAUAAUAAUCAAUUAAAAAGCAAAUAUGGUAAUAAAUUAUUUCUGUUUUUUAAAUUUGAACGCGAUUAUCGAUUGUUUUCGAAUAUAUCACUAUCGAUAAAAACGAUAACGAUAACAUCGAUAAUUAUCGAAAGUGAUAUCGAUUAUAAAUUGUUGUUAGUACCUAAGACCUGUUGUUAGUAUAUGAUAUAUAUACGCAAAUAAGAGUAAAAUGUGAAAAGUUAAAAAAAGCUCAUUCUUGCUGUAUUAAAAGACGUCCACUUUCAACAAUAAUUUAUUGCAUAUUUUUAAAAACAUCAGAUAAUUCAUACAAGUGAAUAAAUAUGUGGCCAUUUUAUCUUCUGUUUCUAGGUUAAGUUAACCUGGUUAAGUUAAACUUAAUAGUUUUAAUAACUGUGAAAAGCGAAUAGUAUUGAAAAAUUAGAAAUUAAUCAAAGCAAAAGUAAUUUACAUAACUAUAAAAAUGGCACUAAAUAGAGAUCGGCGUUCAAAAGCCGGAAGUAAGAUGGCAAAAUUACUGAAUGAAGAAGAGGAGGAUGAUUUCUAUAAAACAACUUAUGGAGGUUUUGACGAAGUAGAACAGGAUCAUGAUUACAUGGAAGAAGAUGAAGCAGAAGAUGAAGUAGAUUCAGACUUUAGCAUAGAUGAAAAUGAUGAGCCCAUUUCUGAUACUGAACAGGAGGGACCUAAGAAAAAACGUAGGCUAGUAACAAAAGCUUACAAAGAACCUAAAGUUCAGUCUAAUCAAUUGCCAUCUAAAGAAAAGAGAGUAAGACAGCCAAGGCAAAGAACCUUUAUCGAGAGCACAGAAAGAAAAUCUAUACGUCGAUCUACUGCUGCAAAAUCGGCUGCAACACAAAGAAGACUUACUGAAAGAAAUGAGCAUCAAAAAAGGAAAACUAGAGUUAUAAGACAUGAUACAUGGAAGCCUACUCAAGAAGAGUUAUUAGAAGAAGCAUUGCAAACUGAACAGAUUAAUAUGAAAUCAUUAGAAAAGUAUCAGAAACUAGAAAAUGAAAAAAAAAAUACUAGGACAGUAAGAAAAUCGCAAACUGGUCCUAUGAUUAGGUAUCAGUCUUUAGCAAUGCCUGUUAUGAUACUUUCUGAGGUGAAUUAUGAUAAAGAAGAAGAUAAAAUUAAUGUUGAAGGAGAUGACGAAAAAAGUGCAAAUUUGGAAGACAAGCAUUCAGAUGGGACAACAGGUGAAAGUGCUGUGACUAUAAAGACAGAAAAUGGCAUGACGGACAUUGCCAAAAAGGAAUCUUCUCAAAAUUCCAACAAAGGCAAAUAUUACUAUGAACAAACAAAAGGAUAUUACGAAAGAACCUUUAUUACUUUCGAAAAUGAACAACUGUUUUCUGAAGCUUUCAAAAAACCUUCCACACCAAGAUCACUGAUGAAACCUUUAUGUGCAAUUACUAGGCUCCCAGCAAAAUAUUUAGAUCCCAUGACUCAGCUACCAUACAAAAAUGUGCAAACGUUUCGUCUAUUGCGUGAAGCGUAUUAUCAACAAUUAGAAGCUCGAACAGAUAUUAAUGAUACCUCACAAAGCCCAGACUUACUACGGUGGCUCGAAUGGAGACAAAAAAAUCAUGGUGGUCUAGCUCAAAGAAACACAGUACGUCUUGAACCAGCUUCCGCGAGCAUGCCUAUGUAGUUUCUAGAACCAGUGAUAAAAUUAAAUAGUAUCUGUAUCAUUAUAAUAAUGCAUUAUUUUUUAUUUUUAUUAUUUCUAAAUUCAGGACUUCCAUUUAAGAAACCUUUAAUUUGUAAAAUAAAUGUAACUACAAAUAACAGCGAAGAAAUAUGUUGUAAAGAAAAGAGAAACUGUAAAUAAUCGCAUAAUUUAUUGUUAAGUGUAGUAUCGAAUUAUUGCAUAUCAUCUGCAUUGUAUCACGUGAGUUUUGAGAUUCUUUGUAUAUACAGUCUUAAAAUUAUGAUAAAAGUAGCGAUAUAUAAUGUACUUAUUUAUACAAAGCUAUAUCGAUUAAUAUCAAUAUUUCUCGGCUAACGAAACGAAAAAUUGUACAAUACACACGUAUACAUAUAUGUUCAAAGCAAAAGUGAUUUUAUUAAUAAAAUUAUGAAGUACAAAGCAUUGGUUAAUAAAAUGUCGCCGAUUCGGCGAUAUCUUUUUUCAUAUAUAUAUAUAUAAUAAUAUAUAUAUAUUAAUAUAUAUAUAUAUAUUAUUUAUUUCAUGUGGUGUGAGUGUUGUAUAUAUAUAUAUAUAUAUAUAUAUAUAUAUAUAUAUAUAUAUGUAUCGAAUCAACGGAGAAUAAACUGAUCUCAAUAACGUCUAAAAAUUCAUCGUUCUAAAUAUUCCAUUCGUACAAAUUCAAUCUUCACAAAAAUGGAACUUGAAAAAGUUCCAUCAAGUAUCGUAUUUAGUAACCUAAUGGUACAAAAUGGAAAGCAAAAAGGCAUAUUGUAUGUAUACCCGAAGGGAAAAGUAUGAUUCUUUCAUUGUUCUGUUAAUUCAUCGCACGCUCUGACACGAAAUUAGAAUUUUUCGACUAUCAUUGCUUCGAAAUGAAUUUAUAUUUUAAAAACUGACUAGUCAGCCAGAGGAAUUUUACUUCUUAUGUAUGGUCACGCAUAAUCUCGCGGACUUUCUAAAUUCAUUCUUCUUUUCCUGUUAUUAAUUGCUCAUUAAGCUAUUUUGGAAAAUAAAAAUGAUUAUUUAUUUAAAGAGAAGUAUUUUAAAUAAAAUUCACACUUUUA